GAUAAAUGCACUGCAGGAUAGGUGUGGUGAAAGAUGAGAGCAGGCUCAGUCAUACUGCCAUCUUUGACAUGAGAAUAAACUCAUUUGUUACAGAUGUGUAACAAAUGGCUUAAAUAAGCAGACUCAAAUAUAUUUUGGGUCUAAGCAGUCCCUGCUGGAGAGUCAAGGACAGUCAUCCUCCAUGAGGGUGGGGUUGUGCUGACAGUGAUGAAGCAGAGACCUGGUGAAGUAGGCACUGGGCAGCCUGGCCUGUGAUGGAGUGCUGGGUGGGGAGCGUGCCAGCGAUGCUGGGAGUGCCCCCUCCUCCACCCCUGAACAUGUGCUUCAUGGUACUGUGAGGUCGGUCGGGACUGUGACAGCUCUGCUGCUGGGUCUGCUCAGACUGGCUCGUUCAUGCAUCAGAGGGACAGCAGGUCACAAGGUCUCGCUGCAUACACAUUCUUCACAGGAGACUGCUGCCUGCUCUGUUAUCACUCAGGCCUCCGUUACAGUCCCCCCUCCCCACCUGCUUACCGGGCGCUGCACCGACUCCUCCCAGACUUGCAGACAUCAUCCUUAUUCAUGGUGCUUUGUGUUAAUACAAAUAAUAAGACACAGUAAUAUUACAUCUUAAGACAAAGGCCAACUUCUGUUUUCCUUUCCAAAGAGAAAAUCCACAGGCUGCCGUGUGGGAGGAGGGACCAGGAAGAGGUUUAUCAUGGUCAACACUGUCGUCCUAAUCCGCUCUUAGAGGAUAGAGGCUUAGUGGGACCUCAGUUCUGCUGGAUUCAUUAAAGGAAGCAAACAUUUGUCUGGGCAGGUUUAGAGGCUGUUUCAGCAGCUCUGUAGACCUCAGAAAGCACACCUGCCACACUCCAGCUACACACUAGCUGUUUCUUUUUUUGUAUUUCUUUAAUUCAACCAAGACUUCUGAAGAUGAAAGACCGACUGGCUCAGCUGAAGGAGAAGAGCGAUGCAGGUGGUGAUGAUAUUGAGGUUCCUGUGGAGAGUGAGGCUUUCAUGGAUGAUUUCUUUGCUCAGAUUGAAGAUAUCCGCAGCAGUAUUGACAAGAUUGACGAAAGUGUUACAGAAAUCAAAAAACUCUACUCCACCAUCCUGUCUGCACCGACCUCCGACCAGAAAACACAGGAUGAUGUCGAAGCCCUCACCAAUGAGAUUAAAAAGUCGGCCAACAACGCAAGAAACAAACUGAAGAGUAUCGAGCGCCAGCUGGAGUCAAACGCAGAUGAGAGGGCCUCGGCCGACCUCAGGAUACGCAAGUCACAGCACGCAAUUCUGGCCAAAAAGUUUGUAGAGGUGAUGACAAAGUACAACGAGGCUCAGGUGGACUUCAGAGACAAGAGCAAGGGACGGAUCGCCCGCCAGCUGGAGAUCACUGGGAAAACAACAACUGAUGAGGAGCUGGAUGAGAUGCUGGAGGGAGGAAACUCUGCUGUCUUCACAGCAGGGAUCAUGGACUCUAAGAUCAACCAGCAGGCCCUGAAUGAGAUCGAGGCUCGUCACAAAGACAUUAUGAGGCUGGAGAGCAGCAUUAAAGAACUCCACGACAUGUUUGUUGAUAUUGCCAUGCUGGUUGAGAACCAGGGUGGGAUGAUUGACAGAAUCGAAAGCAACAUGGACCAGUCGGUGGGCUUUGUAGAGAGAGCCGUGGCCGACACCAAGAAGGCUGCCAAAUACCAGCAGGAGGCACGCAGGAAACAAAUGAUGAUCUUCUGCUGCUGCGUGAUUUUGGCCGUCGUCCUCGGUUCAUUUGUCUACAGCUUCAUCAAAUAGAGACCCUAAUAAAGAAAGUCUCCCCACCAUCUGAGUCCACGGGAGGCCGCAGGACACGUCUGCACUCAGUUUGCUCUCAUUUCAUUACAUAUCAGGAACAAAGCGCCACAUUCAUGAUCAGUUCAAUCAGAAAAACAUGACGACAGCUUUCUUCUUCACGGUCUCGCUCCAGUCUGUGUUCCUAACCUGUCCAAUAACAAACUGAAUAUGACUGUGUGCACAAAACAGAAAAGAAAUGCUGGAGACCUUUCAGUGCAGCGACCGACACGUCCAUAAUCCCACCAAGAAUGUAGACAUUAUAGGGCUACAUACAUGUUUAAUGUGUUUGCAUUAGUUCAUCUUAGCUGUGCUCAGAGAAGUGCAAAUGUGUGUGAUACGUCUUACCCUAACCCUGCUACAGUUGUUCUGCUGUGGAGCGAUUUUUCAGAACCAAACUUGGAAUUUGAAAACGUGCAGUAUGAAAGGUCACCAACAAUCAGGUCCAAGGCCUGUGAAUUACUGAGUGUGACUGCUAGCCUGCUCCAUUUCAUUUUCAUUCACUGAUUUGUCCACUUAUCAUAUCCAUAUUCAGGAAAGUGCACCUGAUUUGUAAACAACUUUUGAAUAACGCAGCCAUGAAAAGCUUUUAUUAGGAAGAUUAACUGUUGUGUUACUGUGUAAGGAAUAAAAAGCAGAGGGUGUCCAUUAAUAUUAGAGUGAAGUGAUUACAGCAGGUGCUGGUACCUGACACACCUGUGCUGCAGACUGCAUCCUGCCCCGUGUCCACAGCAGGCCUGUCUAGAGGCCUUUAGGAUUCUCAGUAAAAAUCCAUGUAGUGAGCUUUUAACCUUGAAGUGAUUAAAAAUGGCUUAUCUUAGACGCUGUGCAACCAGGAAUUGAUGUUCAUUUUGAAAGUGUUAGAUUAGAAAUACAAAUCAUUUGAUGAUUCAGGUAUUUGGUUUAGAUCUUUGUUAUUUGUGUGACGACGGAAUUCUCAUAUUUGUAUAAUGUGCUUGUGUGUCUCCUUAAAGGACUGUUUCUAUGCUUGUUAUUCUGACACUUGCUCUGACCCACACUUUGGUGUUGGAUGCAGUGCAGCCCACUCAUGAACUGAGAGCCUGCUUUCCUAUAUCAAGAUUUUGGAAAAUGUGUAUUCCAAUAAAAUUCCAAUUGGAAGUUUUCUGAGGCAUCUAAACAAACUGAUGGCAGACUCUUUAGUUGCACAGUGUGUUCAGAAAAAUAUGAACAAAUAAAAUUGUCUUCCUGGGAGAGGUCAUCGACAGUCCACAGGCAGCUGUUGUGUGACAAUGAACUAUCAUAGAUUUUAUUCAUCUUCAGAUUUGAUCCUAGGACCGUUAAAUAUCAAAUUCCGGGGAGUGAGGUGUGCAUUCACAGGGCCACGCUGUAUGGUCUGGUCUGCCGAUGCUUCCAGCUCUUCAUCGUUAGCUUCUUUGUACACGCUGUGUGUUUGUGUCUGCUGCUGACUGAAGGCUGUGGCUUUGAGCACGGCGAACUAUUUGUAAAAGUGCAUCGUUUGUAGUUUUCUUCACUUUUUGAAUAAAAAUCAAUCUGUCAUUUA